AUGAAGAAGAAGAGUCAGAUGAAGAGACUGGCCUUCGACGACAGACCCACUCGUGACCCGUGGGACUCGUUAAGCUGGUGGGACCACUCAGACCAGGCGCGACGCAUUGAGCGCGAACACAAUCAACAGCACCCCAACCAUCAGAUUCGGGUGGAAGUGGUCGACACGUUGGCCACCAAUGAAACCAUAGACACUAUAUUCAAUUACGGCCUUUUGGUCAUACCGUCGCUAUUCCUGGUGAGCGCCACCCUAUGGUGUGUCUCUCGAUUCCUGUUGCGGACAACCAUUAGUCUGUAUCUCAGUUUCGGUGCUCUGUUGUUGGCCUCCGUGGCCAGCGUUGCGUUCGUCGUAUUCGGUCUCAUAUUCCUCAUCGGCAUGUGUUCGGGCUAUAAGUUUGAAUACCAUUCGGUGGAACAGUUGCCCACACAGACCAACAACGCCAACGGCGGGAUCGCCGCCAACUUUACUAACUUUACGGUCGUCUCAUUGCCGCCGCAGUCACUGCCGGCCGCCGACAACUGUAACCAAUUGCCAGCGAAACCAUCGCUACAAUCGUCGCCCAAAGAAUCGCCAAAAGAGUCGCCGAAGGAGUAGUGAUUAGAAAAAGCGUUUCAUUCGCACACAAAACACAACACAUCAGGUCUUUCAUCAGUUUUGAAGCCAAACAACAGACCAUUAAUUAACAGUAAAAAUGUGUAAAUAGUUUCACAAAAUACAAAACAUCACAACAAAAAUGUAUAGAAAUCUGUUAUAAUAAAUGAACAUAAGAUUAGUUAUGAAAUAAAAGGUUUUAAAAAUUAC